CAUUCAGGACCCAUGCACCAUACAGAAAAGAAAGCUCUGAGACAAAUAUAGCCAUAUAAAGUGCACGUGAUGCAAAGAGCUGGGAUAUGACUUUGGCGAGGAGGAGAAUGACGGACACUACCGACGCGAGCACUUCUCUUCUAUUCUGACCUCGGUUUUAGUUUGCUUCGGGGUGUAGGCGGAUCUGAAGACACACACACACACACACACACUGUUCUGCACAUGGGAUUGCUAUGCAGAGUCUGAUAAGUGCACCGGCUGAUGGGAGUUUGAGCAUUACCGGACCGUUAUUUUCCUCUCCCUGUAGUGUGUGCGGCCAUGCUCCAGGCAUCCUCAUCCGAUCUAUUCCCUACCUGAAGGACUCGAAAGGAAAUAGCCUUGUCGUCCUUUAGCCUAUAUUUAGAGGAUAUGUCGUGUUUGUCGCAGUGACCUGGGUUUAUUCAUUCAAGGUAGUUCCUAAGGUAUUGCUGCACCUGGAUUAUAGCUUAACGCUUGAGGCACGCUGUUUUGUUUGUUUGUUUGUUUGUUUGUUUGUUUGUUUAGGUGAGCGGAAUGCAAUGCAUUGCUUGAAGUUUGUGAUGCGCGCGGAUGAUGCGUUGUUGUGAGCUCGCGCCUAGCUAUUGUCUGUGUUUGAACUCGGAGCAUGCACAUCUCGUUAUUUUGAGAUUCGCACCGAUAACCGUCAGCACUCCGGCUGGGGCAGGUGUGAUGUAAACAAAGCAGUGACGCGGCUGUGGUGGUAAACUUGUGUUAUUCGACCAGGCUGUCGGAUGCUGUGCGAACUUGGCGUGAGUGAGUGAGUGAGUGGUGAGUGAGUGAGUGAGUGAGGGUCCGGGCUCGGUCAUGGGAGCGAAGCAGGCGAAGAGCCCGGAUGAGGCGGGUUCCAGCCCUCAAAGCGCGCGCUGCAAGAGGACACCGACGCGCGAGCGCAGCAAUGACGUGCGCGCGUCGCUCGUGCUGCGCGCUGGGGAGAGACUGGCGCGCGCCGGACCUCCGCCUCCAUACCAGCGGCGUGUGGGCAUGAUCCAGGACAUGAUGCUCAUGGCCAAGCAGGGCAAACAUGACGAGGCUACAGAGAUGCUCAGAACCCUGCGACAGGAUCUGGGAAUGGAGUCGACCUCCCUGGAUGACGUCCUUUAUCGCUACGCCAGUUUUCGGAACCUGGUGGAUCCCAUUACACACGACCUCAUUAUCAGUUUGGCCAGAUACAUUCAUUGCCCAAAGACGGAGGGUGAUUCUCUGGGAGCGAUGGAAAAGGUGUGCCGGCAGCUCACCUACCACCUGAGUCCACACUCGCAAUGGAGACGACAGGGCCUGCUGAAGAGGAAACCUCAGGCGUGCCUGAAAGCCAUUCUUUCUAAUCCACCGGCCAAUGGAACAUUAGACCUCUCUGGCAUUCCUCUGGGAGUGAAGGAUAUGGAGCGGCUGUGCUCACACUUGCAGCGACAUGCAUCUCGUGUUUUCAACCUUGAGCUGGGAUUCACAGAGCUCACAGAUGAGGCCUUUCUUCUGCUCCUGCCCACUCUGGCUUCGCUGCCUCGGCUUGAGACACUGGCACUCAACGGCAACAGGCUGACACGAGCUGUACUCAAGGAGCUCACGGACACACUGAAGGAACCCGAGCGCUUCCCUAACAUCACAUGGAUAGACCUUGGAAACAACGUGGACAUCUUCUCACUCCCUCAGUCAUUCCUAGUGAGCCUGCGUAAGCGCUGCCCCAAGCAGGGCAACCUGCCUACCAUCAUGGAGUUCGGAGAGAGCCAGGCAAGUGAGCCAGACGCUCGGCCAGAUGAGGAUGACACGGAUAACACCGACGAUACAAACAAGACACUGAGUCUGGGUGAGCUCAGGUCUGAAGUGGACUGUGAGAUGGAUGGGGAGAUGGAGAUUGAAGAGAUGAUGGAGGAGCUGCUCGACUUCGAUAGAGAGGUCAGAGGUCCAGAUGAUGAGGACAGCGUGUGGACCAUGGAGGAGCUGAGGGCUGCAAGAAGGCCAUAUGAAAGACAAAGCAGUGUGAAAAAAGCAACAAAGGCUGAAGGUGAGGAGGACACACACAGCCGGAGCUCACAGCUGUCCUGUUCUAGUCAGUCACAGGACUCCUCAGCAGCCUUCGGGGAUGUCGGAAAGGACACCAGUGUGGAUCAGGUGCCUUGUUCUUCAGGCAACCUGACCUGAACAGACUUGCUCGAUUUAGAAAUUGUAGCCUUUAAACUUGUCUUGUCCAAAGAGUCAGGAGAGACCCUGCAUUAGACUGUUUACAGGUCAGCCUGAUGAAUAUCAAGCUAGUAAAAGAUUAGAGGAGAUGACUCAUUUAAACGUAAAGGACUGUGUGGUAAACAAAUGAUAUUUUGUGUAUUUCAUGCAUAAAAUGAAAACCUAUACCACUUAUGAGGUAUAACAAUCAUAUUAUAUAGAGUAAGGUAAGGUAAGAUACCCUUUGCAGUUUAUAUGCUUCUCUUUCAGGUCCUAACAACAAACUUUUACCUAUGUGCCUGUCUGACCCUGUUAAAGAGGAGUGUGUGCAGAUGUGUGAUGGUUUGGCCGAGACUGGGUGUGCAUGCUUUUCCAGUGCACAUGGCAACUGAGAUAUGGAGAGAAACUCACCAGCCUGACAUUGUUAGACUAGCUUGGACAUAUCCUUCUCAGUCUAUGCAUCUGUUCCUCCAUCCCGAGCAAGAAAAUAUGUUAAGUAGCCUUUAAAAUGCAUGUCAACAGCAUCAGAGCAGCCUGUACGCCUGAAGAAAAGCAAGAGGAAACCCAAUAUUUCAAGGAUGCCCUCAGUUCAACUGUAGAAAACGGUUGUGCUUUAUGACGGACCGGCACCAAAGACCCAAGGACAGAAUAACAUUAAAAUAAACAUAAAUAUCCCGAUUAUUAUAUCAAAAAUAUAUCGAAAGGUAACAAAGCUUUGCUCUUCUUUUUACACAGGCACUCUAACCUUCUAUAUAAUUGCAGUUUAUUUGGUACAUUUUAAUAUAAUC